AUUUCUUUAAACUAAAUAUUUCUGUAAAACACCGUUUUUCUUUACUUUAUGUCGUUAAUAUUCUAUGAUUAAAAAAAAUAAAAAAUACCAUAUAUUGGUAAACUUGUAAAAAAGUGUACGUCAGUGAAUAUAUUAAUAGUCUGUGAUAUAAGACAGAUAUACUGGUAACACUGUACAAAAUUUGAAUUUUGUAAUUUGAAUUUAUCCGUUUAGAAUAUCACCUGUUCCUACGUGGUCGUCGGAUAAAACUUUGUUUCUUUACUUUUAAAUUUUCAUAAUAAGAAUAUUUAUAUAACUUAUAACAAUGGCUGAGAAGACUCAUACAUCGAGAUUGUCUGCGUACAAAAAUACUGGGCAGGGAACUAAUGAUCUCCGUCGCAAACGUGCUGAGCUUAGCAUCACGCUCCGCAAGCAAGCGAGAGAUGAGCAGCUGCUCAAGAGACGGGCCAUGUCCCCGGAGGCCAAUGAGGAGAUACACGAUACAGAGAAGCUGAUGACACCAGCGGAGAUCGUUCAGGGUCUCCGAUCAUCAGACCUCUCAAUCAAGACCACCUCAGCUCGCGCUGCCCGCAGAAUGCUCUCCAAGGAACAGAAUCCACCUAUAUCCAUUAUGGUGGAGGCUGGUGUGAUCAGACCUUUGGUGGAAUCUCUGGAUAGAGAUGACUGCCAAGACUUGCAGUUUGAAGCUGCCUGGGCCAUAACUAACAUUGCCUCUGGAACCCAUGAACAUACGUUAGCGGUUAUAAAUGGAGGUGCCGUACCAAAACUAGUUACCCUACUAGCUCAAGGUGGUGUUGUAGGUGAGCAAAGUGCCUGGGCACUUGGCAACAUAGCGGGUGAUGGGGCACAACCACGGGACGUGGUACUAUCCCAUGGGGCACUUCCUGCGCUAUUGCCCCAUUUAACCCCAAACACACCGGCAAGUCAACUGAAAACUGCCGCGUGGACGUUUAGCAACUUUUGUAGAAAUAAGAAUCCUCUUGUGAUAUUCGAGCUCGUCUCCCCAGCUUUGCCGUAUGUCGCUGAAUUAUUGGAUAUUUCAGACCAGGAAGUUUUAGCUGACACAUGUUGGGCACUAUCCUACCUCACAGACGGGCCCAACGAACGCAUAGAGGUGGUCCAAACGACCCCACACUUGCUGAGUCGUCUAAUAAAGUUACUACAACAUAAGUCACCAGCCGUUAGGACCCCAGCAUUGAGGGCUGUGGGUAACAUGCUGACUGGAUCAGAUCAACAGACGGACAGAUGUCUAUCCGAAGGCUGCUUGGACUAUCUCACAUCCCUGCUUCACUGCGGGAAGCCGUCCCUAGUUAAAGAAGCAGCCUGGGCCGUUAGCAAUGUACUUGCUGGUACUUCAGAGCAGAUCCAAUUGGCCGUGGACAAGGGGAUGUUACAGCAUUUGGUGCACGUGUUGGGGGUUGAUGACGUCAAAUGUCAAAAAGAAGCAGCCUGGGCGAUAACCAACCUCUGUCUAGGGGGAAGCCCGGCCCAGUUGGAUGCGCUAGUUGCCUCUGGGUUUUUGGAGCCCUACUGCAAUCUAUUGGAGUCCCCAGACCAUAGGGCUAUCAUUGUGGUGUUGGAGGGAAUCACUAAUUUGAUGCAGGCUGCAGCGAAAUAUGGCCAAGUGGAACCUUUAUGUAUUCGUUUGGAAGAAAUAGGCGCUUUGGACAAAAUAGAAGCCCUACAGGAGCAUGAAAAUGAACAGAUAUACAAAAAAGCUCUACACAUUCUGGAUACAUUUUUCGAAGAUCAAGACGACCAAACCGCACAACCUGACCAAACAACUGAUGAAUUCAAAUUUGGUGUCACUAGCGCUAAUCAAAAUAUUAAUUUUUAGUUUAAAAUUGUUUUUCUAAUUAAUUUAUACAUUUAGGGCUGAUUUUUUAAUCCUUGGUUAAAACUACAUCGAAUAACGUAA